AUGUCUACUCCACCCGUUGUUCCGGAGAUGACGAAGGUGUUUUUCUCGUUCAAGGUCCCGGGUAACUCGCUGGAGGCAUUCCGGCAGACCAGUUUCGUUGGGACGGUCGUCGAGGAUGACUCCAUCUGUGAUUUCACGAUUGCGUGUCGCGGUGCGGUACCCAAGAGACUUCUUGACUUUUCACCGUUUGUGUUUUUAUCGCUCGAGGGAGUCACGUCGCCCCUUGAAAAACAGACUGUUGCGCUCGAGAAGACGGCCCAGCCACUGGUCGAAGGAGACCUUGCGGAACGUUUCAAAGUGGGAUUCUCCUUGCUGAGAACUGUCCUGAGUCAUGGAGUGGAGAUGAACCCUGAAAGCCCUCUCUGUUUCGAAUUGAGCAUCAAGGAUCUCUCUCCUCUUCCACCAAAGGAGGCGUCAAGUCGUCUCCAGAUGGUGCAGAAGUUUUUCGAGGACAAGCUCGACAAAAGCCAAAGGAAAGCCGUUCGCCUUUCUGUGGAACGCUUGCGAGGAGGACUGAGCAUCAUUGUCGGCCCUCCCGGGACAGGGAAGACUCUAACUGCGAUCCCAGUCAUUGUCAGUGCGAUGGCUCUGGAGGUCCCGGUCCUUCUGACAGCGGCCACCAACAAAGCAGUCGGCAACGUGUUGGCUGCGCUGAUGAACUUUCUCCAGCGCUACCCAUGCAUCGGGUCUCUUUGUGGCCUUGCCAUGAGACUGCGUGCCGUUGACGAGGAGCUUGCAACACUUCGUGGGCACGGCACGGCGGAGCGGCCCGUCGAUGCCACAAUCCAGCAAGCUGAGGCGUACAACCUGGUGGUGAAAUAUGCCACCAUGGAAAAGGAUCGUAGCAGCGACUGCCGACGCUUGAUCGAGCUGUUGGAUAUGGACUUGAAAUUCGGCGUGAGCGGUCCGCCGUUAAGUGAAUUGAAGAGGCUGUAUAAAAGCACCCUUGGACGGGUUAUUGGGAAGGCCCGAUUGAUCGCGGCCACACUGAUUGAGUCAGGAGCAGAGAUCCUCAAAACCUCAAAGUUCAAGCCUGCAUUAAUGAUCUGCGACGAAGCCUCUCAAGCUUCAGAGCCAGAGAUGAUGAUCCCCAUGACACUGAAAUCAUUCCGUGGACUAGUCCUGAUCGGCGAUCCCAACCAGCUGGAGCCUACAGUCCUUUCAAUAAACGGCAAAAACGAGCAUGCCCUCUUCCUCAAACGGUCUUUGCUCAAACGACUGGUUGACGCAAAGUAUCCCCUGGCUCAGCUCCAAACGGACUACCGGAACCACCCACAAAUCAUGGAAUUCUUCAACCGCCGAGUAUACCUCAACACCUUGAACGUCGGCGCCCAUAAGUCAAUCCCCUUGAACAACGAGCGAGCGCGCGUCGGCCAGGUCUUCGACUCCUUCAUGGAGAGCUACGUUGCCCGUGCCGAGCAUUGUCACAUCCCCAAGUCAGAAGUAGCCCGACUAAAGCGAACGGUCCCGGGACGCCGACGUCUAUGGCUGAAAAUCCAAAGCUACGCCAAGCGCGAAAUUUCCGGCCAAUCAUGGGAAAACAAACCCCAGGUUACGGCACUCAAGACCUUCCUCCUCCAGCUCUACCGGUACCAAUACAAGGGGAUGAGCAUUACACCGGACGACGUGAUGGUCCUCUGUCCCUACCGAGCCCAACAAGAAAUAUGCCGCCUCGAACUGCAACUGGACGCCAACCUCGCGGGCGAGAUCAUCCCCGUGGACGCGGCUCAGGGCCGAGAGGCGCCGAUGACAAUUCUCAUGCUGACGACGCCCGGACGGGGGGGACUUUGA